UGUCAUUAUCAGACAUCCAAAUCGCUUAGGGCGACUCUUUAGAGUCACCCUGUUUGUCCAAUGGCUGGCUCCACCUCCUUUGAAGGCGCGCUCUCGUUGGGCUCCCCGGCCUCAGGCUUCGCCCGGGAGACGCGGCAGGCCGCUUCGCCGCCGGUGCUGCUGGGGAGGCAGCUCCAAGCCAUUGCCAGUGCGGACAAGGUGCUCACAGAGCGACUGCACGAGGAGGUCUUUAGCCUUGAGAGCAAAGUCUCCCAAGCCAAGAAGGAAAUGGCCACCGCCACCCUCCAGGCUGAGUCCGCACGGGAGUCCCAGGCUCGCCUCUCGGAGUUGCAGCGGCAGCUGGAAAGGCAAAUCCGGGAACAUCGCGAGCACCUGUCCAAAGUUGCACAGGAGCGACGUCGGCUCCUGGACAUCACUUGCCACGGGUCGACCGGCGAGGCGACCGCCCAGCGCCAGUGGCUCGAAGAGGCCUUGAAUGAUGAGAGAAGAUGCUUGCAGGAGACCCGGGAGGCGAACGGCUUCUUGGACUCGUCGCUCCACGCCUUGCGCGCCGAGAUGGCGGACCUGCAACAGGAGCGUGCGCAGAUCAUGGCCGAGGCACAGCAGCUCUUGCCCCAUGAGGCACCAUUUCCCAGUGUCGACGGCUCAACCAAGAGUGGUUGGCCGCUGGGAGUGAUGGGAGCCGGAUCAACUUAUGAGUUCUUGGUGUCCUUCAAGACUCAAGACCCCUCAGGCCACGACGGCAAGCUUUUGAAGCGGAGAGCACACGCUACGUGGGAAUAAGAUGCCAAGCAGAUUACUUCAGCCUGUCUCCUGGUGUUGCAUCGCUGGCUCAUCCCCAUUUGUGUCUAUCUUAUAUUAAUGUGUAUUAUACAUUUUUUUAAAUAAUACAUAUAUGAUAUUAUUUGCUUUACUGUUUGUUCAAGUUUGAGUCCCUCUUUCCGGAGCAUAUUUGACAAGCCCGGCAGUCUUUCACACUCCAAGGC